GACGCGCUUUAACCUACCAGUGUCACGAAGCGCGCAUGAAGCAUAGAACCCACAACUCACUAUUGGCUGGGAUCUUAUAGGAUCCAUCCAGGCUAUUUUACAUUUCACAUGACACUCAAGAGAGACUACAUUAUGGAGGUAAAAGGGAAACGCUCCAACAGCCCACCGGCUACCACCACCAUCACCGCUCCCGUAGCACAUAACCCCGACAUAGGACCUUCUGAGUUCCCCGCCGGGGCCAGAUCGGUGUGCCCUGUCUCCUCCAAGGUCCUGCUGGCGUACAAAAACGCACCGGGAUUCAAAGCAAGCAUGGGCAUCCUGAAAAUGGCCACGUCACAGUGGAAGCACCAGGAGAAGGGGAGAGUGCGGUCCCCAAGCACGGCAAGCCGUCUUCCACCUUUCUCCAGCGACCACCCCGGCAAAAGGUCCCCACUGGACCAACUUGCCACGCUGGUUCUCCAAGGGCAGAACCGGCUCCGUCAGCUUGGCGUCAACGACCUGCGGGUCGGCCAGGACUCUAGACCGGACCCGCUGAAGUCCACAAAGCCGCAAAACUGCAAGCGCAUCGUGGUGCUGGGUGCGCCGCGUGUGGGCAAGACUUCCAUCCUUCGGCGGUACCUCCGAGAUGGCUUCGCGGAGGAGUACCAACCGACCUAUGAGGAUUUCCUCCGGAAAAUGUUUCACAUUCGCGGGGAGACAUACCAGAUUGACAUCCUUGACGCCUCCGGAGAGAGGAGCUUCCCGGCAAAACGGAGACUGUCUAUACUCACCGGUGACAUUUUUCUUCUGGUCUUUAGUCUGGAUGACCGGAGCUCUUUUGAGGAGGUGUGCGCCCUGCGCGCAGAGAUCCUGACCGCGAAGACUAAGCUCCUCAAGCCCACCGGUCCGGGGCAGACUGCACGGGUCCCUACGGUGGUCUGCGCCAACAAGGUGGACCUGUCACCUGAGGAGAGAGCCGUCUCCCGAGAAGAGGUGCACCAAGCUCUCGGCGAGGACUUCGCCUACUUCGAGACCUCUGCCAAAGACAGCACGAACCUAGAGGAUGUGUUCGAGGCUCUGGCUGAACGGGGCGGGCUGCCAGCUGAGACCGGUCCCUCGCAGCACCGCAAAGUCUCGAUUCGGUCGUACCAGGCAAUCAAGACGUGCUGCGUGGCCGGUAGAGGGAGCCCGGCAGCCGGCUCAGAGACUCCGUGUGGGGUGUUGUAUCCGCUUGCUCGAAGACCGAGUUUCAGUACUGAUCUCCGGCAGGUCCUCGGCCCCAAUUUGGCGCGGAAGCCCGGCAAGCCGUUGGAGAAGUGCCAGAUCCAGUGAGUUAGCCAAAGACAGCCAGUCUGUUUAUAAUUGCCGGUGGAGCGAGGAAGUGCAGCGUGUAUGCAGAACUUGUUAUUUGAUUGAACUUUGUGCGUGAACCGAAUAUUUAAACCAUGGAAUUGUACAUAGACCUAAUAAUUACGAUAAUGUAAUAAUAUAUCGUGUGGUUCAAUCUAAUGUGAACUAUGGUUUUUGA